AUGUGCCUAUGGGCCGAGCCGAAGGUCGAGUACCUAGGCCAUGUCAUCUCUGCUGCAGGUGUGGAGCCGGACCAAGCAAAGAUACAUUGCAUGACCGAGUGGCCGCUACCCAAGAACCAAAAGGAGCUGCGAGGAUUUUUGGGCCUAACCGGUUAUUACCGCCGGUUUGUGGAGGGAUAUGGAAAGAUCGCCAUGCCACUGACCCUGUUGCUGCGAAAGGGCGAGUUUAGAUGGACCGAGGCAGCGACGGAAGCAUUCGAGAAGCUCAAGGAAGCCAUGACGACGGCCCCGGUUUUGGCACUACCCGAUUUUGCCAAACCAUUUGUAGUCGAGUGCGAUGCUUUCGGUGCUGGCAUUGGUGCUGUUUUGAUGCAGGAGGGAUGGCCAAUUGCUUUCAUGAGCAAGGCGUUGUCCCCUAGGACCCGCUCGCUGUCCACAUAUGAGAGGAGAUGA